AUGAUCAUCGCCGACGUGGCCCAAGACGCGCUAACGCUCUCGUACUCACAGCGCGAACCCGCGGCGACGCGCGGUCGUCUCAUCUCGCUCGUGUACGCCGUCCGCAAUUUCACCAACACAAUCAUCUCGCUCAUCUCCGGCUUUUGCCUCAACUCGACGCGGUAUGGCGGCAGUUUUGACUGGGACAUUGGCCUCAACGCCUUCUUCUGGGUCUUGACGGUCCCGGUUGUCCUCAACGUGCCGAUCGUAUACUUUUUCCUUCAGGACGACAAGACGCCGCGUGUGGUCUUUCGCCACUACAUCAAGGAGCUCUGGGACCUCCUCCAACUGCGCGUUGUGUGGCAAGUGCUCCUCUUCAACUUCAUCUUUGGCGCGUUCACAGGCAUUGGGUCCACCGCCGGCGGCUACGUCAAGCUCUACUGGGCCAAAGUCUACAACCUCAACAGCACCGCCAUGCACGCGCUGAGCAACUUUAUCUACAUUGGCAUGCUCGUCGCCAUGGGCAAGUACGGUACUGGCUGGAACUGGCGCUUCGUCAUCGUCGCGACCACGAUCGUCACCAACGUCAUCGACGCCGCUGUCAUGUUCUGUACGAUCUUUGACGUUGUCCGCAACCAGUGGUUCUUCCUCGGCGUCCCGAUCGCCGAGACGAUUCCGAGCGCAAUGAACUCGAUGGUGAGCAUGUUUGUCGUCGCCGAGCUCGCGACGAUCGGCAACGAAGGCGUCAUGUACGGCCUCGUCACCACGAUCAUCAACCUCCCGGGCGUCUUUUGCUCGAUGAUCACCAACGUCAUCAACGUGCCCUUCCACAUUUCGUCCAAGCGCAUCAAGGCCGACUCGGACGAGAUCCGCACUGACGUCGCAUGGACGUACCUGAUUGGGUACAGCUUGACCUUGCUCGGCUGCCUCUUUAUUUUCCUGCUGCCGAAUCAAAAAGCCGCGGUCGCCGAGCUCAAGCGCACCGGCGGCAGCUACCCGCGCGUCGCCGCCUUCCUCUUCUUUGCGUUCAUCACAAUUUUGUCCGUCUCGGUAACGGGCACGUUGGCGUCCAUGUACGACGAGACGAGCUGCACGCUCCUCGCGGGCGGCGACGGCUGUGAGGAAGGCGCGUCGCAGCUCUACUUGCUCGGGUUUACCAUCCCGUCGCUGCUCUCGAUCGUCGGGAUCUUUGCCGUCAAGUGGCACAGCUCCAAGGAGAGCGCUUAA